UCCCUGAAUGCCACGCGCUUGUUUUUUUUAACCUGCUAUUUAUUGUUCUAUUGUCGCUCGGCUUGUCGGACCGGUCCGGCAGGUUUGUGCGGGGCAGAGCAGGUGAGGCAGCGGGGGAAGAAGGGCGGGGAGCGGCAGCCGGAGCUCUCUACAAGCAGGAAGGAGAGGGAAACAUGGUGCGGUGACAAAACGCCUCGGACACCGACUGAGAACAGGAUACAACUUCAUUAUACUGCCUAGGGACACGGGAGAUAUCUGAGGUGCAAAGAUGAGUCGGCGGCGUGCAGAGUCCCAGGACUCUUUGGGGCCUGACGAUGAGGUCAUGCCGUACAGUGACGAUGAGACGGAUGACGAACUGGAAGUUAGCUCCGAAGAGGAACCGGAUGAGACUCCGGGAGUCCCUCUACCCCAGGUGGAAGCUAAACCCAGCGAGAUGGGAUGGAAGGUGAAAGCCAACGACAGACCUUAUCACCACUUGCCGGAGUUUCAGAAAAAAGUCUUCUUGUGUAUCAAGAAGAGCAGAUACUCCGGAAACGCCAUCAAGACGUACAAGUACAACGUCCUCACCUUCAUCCCUCUGAACUUGUACGAGCAGUUUAAGAGAGUUGCCAACCUCUACUUCCUGGCGCUGCUCAUCUUACAGAUUAUUCCAGAUAUUACUACUCUGCCCUGGUACACCACACUGAUUCCUCUGGUGGUGGUGCUGGGAAUCACCGCCAUAAAGGACCUGGUGGACGAUCUGGCGCGGCACAGGAUGGACAAGGAGAUCAACAACAGGAAGUCUGAAGUCCUGCUGGAUGGCCGGUUUCAAGAGAUAAAGUGGAGGAGCAUCCAGGUCGGAGAUGUGGUUCGCAUGAAGAAGAACGACUUUAUUCCGGCUGACAUCCUGCUGUUAUCCAGCUCCAACCCAAACAGUCUGUGCUAUGUAGAAACUGCUGAGCUCGAUGGAGAGACCAACCUGAAGUUUAAGCUGGGACUCCGAGUGACGGAUGAGCGGCUGCAGGGCGAGCGGCAGCUGGUCGACUUCAAUGCUCUGAUUGAGUGCGAGGAGCCGAACAACCGCCUGGACAAGUUUGUGGGGACGAUGAUGUGGGACAGGGAGCGGUACCCUCUGGACCUGGACAACAUGCUGCUCCGAGGCUGCACCAUCCGGAACACGGAGGAGUGUCACGGCCUCGUCAUCUUCGCAGGAGCCGACACCAAAAUCAUGAGGAACAGCGGGAAGACGAGAUUCAAAAGGACCAAGAUUGACGAGCUGAUGAACUACAUGGUUUACACGAUCUUCGUGCUGCUGCUCCUAGUGGCGGCGGGGCUGGCCAUCGGUCACUCCUUCUGGUACGAAGAGAUCGGCAUCAAUGCCUGGUAUCUGUUCGAUGGCAAGAACCAGGACGCCUCCCACCGAGGCUUCCUCAGCUUCUGGGGCUACAUCAUCGUCCUCAACACCAUGGUGCCCAUUUCACUAUACGUCAGUGUGGAGGUGAUCCGCCUCGGCCAGAGUAAGUUCAUCAACUGGGACCUGCAGAUGUACUUCUCGGAGAAAGACACGCCGGCUAAGGCUCGAACCACCACCCUGAACGAGCAGCUGGGUCAGAUCAGCUACAUCUUCUCCGACAAGACGGGGACUCUCACACAGAACGUCAUGCAGUUCAAGAAGUGCACCAUCGCCGGACGCAGCUACGGUGAUCCGACCACAGCAGAAGGAGUGGUGCUGGACCGUGGAAGGCCGGUGGACUGGAGCUGGAACCGGCAAGCGGACAGAAAGUUCGAGUUCAUGGAUAACUCCCUGGUGGCCUGUGUCCGAUCGGGGAAAGAUAAAGAUGCUACGGAGUUCUUCAAGCUUCUCUCCCUUUGCCACACGGUCAUGGUGGAGCACAAAGAAGGCGAACUGGUGUACCAGGCGGCCUCUCCCGACGAGGGCGCCCUGGUGACGGCAGCCAGGAACUUCGGCUUCGUGUUUCUGUCCCGUACGCAGGACACCAUCACCAUCAGGGAGAUGGAUCGGGAGACCACCUACGAAAUGUUGGCGCUGCUCGACUUCAACUCUGACCGCAAGCGCAUGUCUAUCAUCUUGAAGUUCCCUGAUGGUCGCAUCCGCCUCUACUGCAAAGGAGCCGAUACCGUCAUCUACGAGCGCCUUUCCCCUCACUCCAAAUACAAAGAGACUACCCAGAGUGAUCUUGAUAUCUUUGCCAACGCCACCCUGCGGACGCUGUGCUUGUGUUACAAAGACAUCAGCACGGCAGACUAUGAAGCCUGGUCUAGGAGACACAAGGAGGCGCAGGUGGCCAUGUCGAACAGAGACGCCGAGCUAGACACCGUGUACGAGCAGAUCGAGAGCAACCUGAUGCUCAUCGGUGCGACGGCCAUCGAGGACAAAUUGCAGGAUGGAGUCCCAGAGACCAUCGCCAAACUGGCCAAAGCCGACAUCAAGAUCUGGGUCCUGACUGGAGAUAAGAAAGAAACGGCCGAGAAUAUUGGAUUUUCUUGUUCCCUUUUGACCGAAGACAUGCAGAUCCACUACGGAGAAGACGUCAAUGAGAAGCUGAGCGUCCGUCAGGCCAACCGGAGAAACGACCCUCAGAGUUCCCGUCGAGGCAAAAAGAAACCCGCCGAACCGUUCUUCCCUCAGCCGGGCAAAAACGCUCUCGUGAUCACCGGAGGAUGGCUGAACGAAAUCCUGUACGAGAAGAAGAAGAAACGCCGUCGCCUGCGUCUGCGUCGUCUGGGACGGCGGGCGCCUCCCACCAACCCGGCUGACGGACAGCCAAUGGACGACUGGGAAAAGGAAAUGAGACAGAUCGACUUUGUGGACAUGGCCUGUGAGUGCGAGGCGGUCGUCUGCUGCCGCGUCACACCGAAGCAGAAGGGCAACGUGGUGGGUUUGGUGAAGAAGUACAAGAAGGCCGUGACGCUGUCCAUCGGAGACGGAGCCAAUGACGUCAACAUGAUCAAGACCGCAGACAUCGGUGUGGGCAUCAGCGGUCAGGAGGGGAUGCAGGCCGUCAUGUCCAGCGACUACGCCUUCGCUCAGUUCCGAUACCUGGAGCGCCUCCUGCUGGUGCACGGGCGCUGGUCCUACAUCCGAAUGUGCAAGUUCCUGCGGUACUUCUUCUUCAAGAACUUCGCCUACACGCUGGUCCACUUCUGGUACUCCUUCUUCAACGGAUACUCUGCACAGGUCACCUUUGAAGACUGGUUCAUCACUCUCUACAAUCUCUGUUACAGCAGCUUACCUGUUCUACUAGUUGGACUUCUCGACCAGGAUGUCACGGACAAAAUGAGCCUGAAAUUCCCCAAACUAUAUCUACCGGGACAGCAGGGGACGUUUUUCAACUACAAGAACUUCUUCAUCAGCUUGUUCCACGGCAUCUUCGUCUCGCUCAUCAUCUUCUUCAUCCCCUACGGCGCCUUCCUUCAGACCAUGGGGCAGGACGGAGAAGCCCCCUCCGACUACCAGUCCUUCGCCGUGGUCACCGCCUCCUCGCUCAUUUUUGUCGUCAACCUGCAGAUCUCCUUGGACACUUCCUACUGGACCUUUGUGAACUGCUUUGCUGUUUUGGGCAGCAUAGCAAUCUACUUCGGCAUCAUGUUCGACAUCCACAGCGCCGGGAUCCACGUCAUCUUCCCCUCAGCGUUCACCUUCACCGGCGUGGCGUCCAAUGCUCUGCGGCAGCCCUACCUGUGGUUAACCAUCAUCCUGACUGUGGGCAUCAGCCUGCUGCCGGUCAUCUGCAUCCAGUUCCUCCAUAAAACCAUCUGGCCCUCGAUAGGAGAUAAGAUCCAGAGAAACAGGAAGAAGUACGAGAUGGAACUCCAAGAGGAGGAGAAGAAGAAAAAGCCAUUCGUUUUCAAGCGUGGCGGUUCCCGCCGCUCGGCCUACGCCUUCUCUCACUCCCGGGGCUACGCCGACCUCAUCUCGUCCGGGCGGAGCAUCCGGCGCCCUGCAGGCCACCGCGGCAUCCAGGAAAGCAUCAGGGAGGUUCCUCAAAGAGAGGCGGAAAACAUCUGAGCCGGAGAGACGUGAAAUCUGUAGCCAGGUGGACUGUAAAUAUUUAAGAAAAGUUCGAGGAGCGAUUGGUUUGUCUUCCCUUUUUAUCUGUUGAGUCGCUGCUGAUAUGACCUGACAAUCUGUUGGAGAUCAAAGGUCAUUUUUUUUCUUCUGGGUUAUUUAAGUCUCUUAGAGGGAGAAAAGAAAAGUCCUCAAGUUAAAGGAAGCUUUUCUGAGUGUGUCUUUGCUCCAGUGUGUGCCUCCAAAGACAAAUGAAUGUCACCAAAGAGACAGCAGCCGUUUAACUUGACCUAGCGACAGCGUGACUGACAAUGCUGUUUAACUCAGGAUUUAAAACAAUAAGAGCCUUAUUUCUAGUCUGUUUGUCUGCUCACCAAUCCUCUGACUGGAUGAACUGGAGCACUUGAUAUGUCAGGGUUUUAUUUGAGAUGAUGUCCAGCCAAUUUGUCCAUUAGCUUCAUGAAAUUACAACAUCUUUUAAGUUUGGUUUUACUUCCAUUCGUCGGGGAUGCACAUCCAAUCCGAUUGUCCUUCAUAAAGAAUGCGCUUCAGCUACAAGCUAUCCGUUUUUAAAGUUUUAUGAUAAAUAAUGAUGGGAUGUAAAUGUGAAAGACUAUGCAGGGUGGUUGGAUGUUUCUAAAGUGUGUCUUAAUUUAAAAACGACUUGUAAAUAGUGACCUGUUCUCCUGCUGCAUCAAAUAUCCCUUAUAUGCAUUUGUUAUCGUCACUAAAUUUAGGGAAAUUCCACUUUUGUUUUGAGCCUUAAAACCAGACUGGAAUCCUUUUAUCUUUUUCUAUACCUCAACUUGACCUCAUCAUACUCUGUAGGGAAACUGCAAGGGGGCUCCAACGUGUCUUCCUUUUUAACGGCUUCUUUUUAACGUGUCUCACUAGUUUGUUUUUUCUACGUUGAACUCAAAUCACACAUUUAUGAGGUGGUUAAAAGUGAGGAUUCUCGUGUGUCACUGGUUGUUGACAACAAACCCCAAGAACAUUUUAGUUUUCCUGCAGUCCCGUAAACAGAUGUAGUAUAUUUGCUUCACAGUGCUUAGCCAAAACUGCUACGUUCCUUCUCUAUCUGUUACCGUUUCCCCUCAUGCGAGUGCUGCUGAUAUAUGUAGGAGGUCUUUUUAUUACUGAAUGAAUGGAAGCAGUAGAUAGCUGCAGAACCAGCAACCGUUUGAUCUGUCAUAUGAUGGUAUUUUAUCAUGUGGUUGUUAAUAAAAGCCAAGGGCACAUUUAGCAAUCUGA